UCGGAGUGGUCGCACGUCGGGGACACGCUCAGAAUAUCACGUACCAGUGCUAUAAACGGUAGCGCCCAUCAAAUAACUCGACUCGACCGAGCCAGUGUCGUCUACGCACUCUUCCAUCAACCCGAGAGGUGUCGUCGCAUCUUAACUUAAGUUAAACUCGAUUACGUCACAGUAACCAUGGAGACUGGGAAGUCCGGAUUCCAGCACCAGCCGGCUAAGAUCGCCAUGAUCGUGGGCGCCUGGCUCUCCUUCAUCGUCAUGGUCACGUUCAACGCGCUGUCUGCCAGCGGAGCUAGCAAAGGUCUGUUUAACAGCACACAAGGCGAACUGUCUGACAAGUACUACAACGACCUGGUCCCUGCCGGCUGGACCUUCUCCAUCUGGGGGUUCAUCUACGCCUGGACCGCACUGUGGCUGCUCUACAUCACAACCACCAUCUUCCGCAAGACGUCCGAGGGGUACGUCUACAUCGUGUCCGAUCUGCUGCCGUGGUACUUCUUCGUCGCCUGGUACAUCAACAAUGCCUGCAACGUCGCCUGGCUCUUCGUCUUCGACCGGGAACAGCUCGUACUUUCCGCCUGCGUUCUCGCUAUCAUUCCCUUCUCUCUCUACCUCUGUCUGUUCGCUUCCUACCGCCAGGUGGACAAGCGCGGCGUGUGGUUGACAGAGAACGCUUCCGUCGACCUGUGGUGCACCCGCGCAUUUGUCCACAACGGCCUGGCCAUCUACGCUACCUGGACAACUAUCGCCACCCUCCUCAACUUCGGCAUCGCUCUAAUCUACACCGGCGGCUUCGACAACACGGACGUCGUCACCGGUCUGCUCGCUGUCCUUCUAGUCGAAGUUCUUGGCUGGUAUGUUCUCGAGAACUUCGUGCUUGACCGCUACUGUCGCUAUAACUUGAUCAUCUGGGUUGUGGUGAUCGUUGCUCUCACCGGGAGCCUGGUGGAACACUGGGGGCCUGAGAAGAGGAACAGCAUCUUUACCGCUAUCCUUAUUGGCCUGACCGCCUUCCUGUACCUUAUUCGCCUCUGUCUUGUUGUCUAUCGCCACUUCAAUAAGCCUCUGUAUAAGAAGUUUGUGCUACCCACCACAGAGCAGGGUAAGAACAAUGGCACCUUCAACAUGGCUUAAACCAACUGAUUGACUUUUCAAACUUUCAAGUCUUCCUUACCCUGAAUUUUCCAGUCUUUCCUUGACCUAACUUCUGGGGAUAUGAUUUGAAGAGGAUGGACUAAGUAGCAAUAGAUUGGGAUUGAGUAAGGAGAGUGACCCGAAAUGUCAAUUAUAGCAAAGCAGAAGGUGCUAUAGUUCGUUUCAUGUUCUUGUACAAUUUUUUUUUAACGAAGUUUAUGCAGAUGACCACGUGUUAGUUGCCUGGUCUUGUUCCUAUGUACUAGUAUGUGUAUGGCUGACGGUUAAGAAAGGCCAUAAUCACACUUCUUGUAGUCCAUUUUUAUGUUAUGGCUUUUAGAAUGUUCAUCUAAAAGAUAUCCUAUGUCCUUCGGAAGGCUUUCUGAAUGUUGUCAAAGACCUAAAGAAUCACCUAAGCUAUCUUCCAAAGAAACCUGCCAGUAAUUGACGUUUCAUAUUUGUUUACAAGUAGUACAUGGUAUGUGGUUCGGUAUUUGUUGUAUAUAUUUGAUGAUCUCAUAACGUUUCCGAAGUUUUUGUCAUUUUAAGAAUACUUUUCUGUAAUUUACUCCUAUACGGGGGUUCCACCUGGGUUUAUAAUCAUAUAAUCUAUGCACACAUAUUUCACAUUUAUUAUUGUAUAAACUAUUUGCUUCAGUUUAAGGUUCAUCGGUUUGUAUCAAAGCAUUGACACAUAUGGUGCAACUGUUCUGUACUGUAUUGAUGUUUCGCAAUAAAGCAAUGAUCUAUUACUCA